AUGGGUGCUGAAACUCGGCUAGUUUUGCUAUUACUAUUUGUUGUUCAUCAAAUCUCGGCUCAAUGCCCGGUGAGCCCAAUCGGUGGUCAGACAUGGACCGCGAAUUUUCCGAUGUGUACUGGUGGAAGGAAUGAUGUCAAUUAUAUGUUCAUCGGCUCACAAAACGCGAAAAGCGAUCCAUUGAUCGUUUACCUUGGUGAUAUGUCCGCUUGUGGGCCAGCAAAAUCGAUGUUCGCUGACAUUGGUCCUUAUCGAAUCGGCCCAACUCACACCACGAUUUUGGAGAACGUCUACUCUUGGAAUAAGUUCUCAAAUGUAAUCGUCAUGGAUCUAUCAAUGCAGUACAUCGACACUUUUCAAAAAUUCACCAAUUUGAUCACGGAUUUCGUGGUCGCGUUUCGGAUGAAUAACACCGACUAUGCGCAGAAUGAGCUCUAUUUUGCCGCUUCUGGCUUUGCCACACCGGUGGCACUUCGAGCUUCUCUGGAUACCAGAAUGACAAACAUCAAAGGAGUGAUCUUGACCGGCCCAAUGCUCAGCACAGCAACCAGUGUCAACUCUGAUAUUAUCAUGAACUACUAUGAUGGAUUGAUCUCGAAAAGUGACUGGGCAAAAAUGGGUGCUUGUUGUCCAGGAGUUGCGUCUCUUGAGGACUGUGAUUUCAGUCAAUACAUCGAUGUCGGACCAUUUGGUUACCCAAUUCCAAAGAAUUUCUCGGAUCCAGUGAAAGAUGCGUGCGCAGCCACGAUCGUUGAUUUGACUUUUCAAUUUUUGGGAGACGUUGAAAGUGAUGGCUCGUAUCCAGAAAAUUUGUAUGACGAUUGCUACAGCCUGUAUUCGAGAGGAUCGCAAAAGUCUCACCGUUCCAAAAGAGAAGCCGAUUUCGAUUCUUCGCCCGGAGCUGAUGGAAAUCUGAUCAACAAUGGAACAAACGCCUUUUUUGAUUCAGGUUCUCGUAUCAAUCGUCAUUCAUCGGGUCUUCACAAUGGUUAUACUUGUACUUUCGAGGCGGCUUUUCGAGGAUAUCAAAGACUUCUCCAGAAUAGUCCAUUCUUUUGUGGCUCAUUUGCUGAGUGGCCAAUUGAAGGUCCUCUCAGCGCUGAUGUCAGUGAUGACUUGACAAAGCUGCUGAAUUUGGGAAACAAGAAAAUCCUUGUCUUUCACGGAGGUUUGGAUGCUGGUUUCACUCCAUUGGGCAGCGAGCGCUUCUUGGAGAAUUUCGCAAAAACGUUGAAUACAAAUCUAUCUGAUCGCACCGAAUGGGAAUACAUCACUGAAGCCCUUUACCCAGUGAACGGUGGUACGACAAGACAGUUCAACAUCUCGAAUGGAUCUUUCCUAAAAUUGGUUGUAGUCAAGGGUGCUGGCCACUUGAUUUCCUACGAUCGACCGGAAGGUGUCCAACAACAGCUUCUGCAAUUUCUCUUUGAUCAACCACCAGCCAGCUACUCGACCAAUCCAAUGCCAUACAAAAUACCCGGAAAUUAUCCUAAUCGGAAAUGGAGUCGCAAGCAAGCUGACCGAAUCUGGUGGCUACCCGCCACAACAGUGCCCAUCAACUUCAAUCACUAUUCUGGUUAUCUACAAGCAUCCGCUUCUGGCAUCACCUCUGCUAUUCAUUACUGGUUCCUUGAGUCACAAGGCAAUCCGGCUGCUGAUCCUCUCGUGCUCUGGUUGACUGGUGGUCCGGGUUGCAGCGCGAUGGGUGCACUCUUGACCGAGAAUGGACCCUUCAGAGUGAACCCUGAUGGGAAAACGCUGUUCGAGAAUUCGUACUCUUGGAAUAAGAUGGCUAACGUUCUCUACCUGGAUGCUCCUCGAGGAACAGGUUUCUCAGUGCGAACUGGGAACAGUCAGAUCGAAGUAGCGCCAUCAGAUGAAUCCACAACUCUUGAAAUCUAUACAGCUUUACAAGAUUUCUUCACCGUUUUCCCUGAGCAAAAGGGGCGACCAUUGUUCAUCUUUGGUGAAUCGUACGGAGCAAUCUUCGCAGCACUAGCAGCUAAAAAGUUUCUUGACGACAAUUCGACAAACUUUAACUUGCAAGGAAUCGCUUUUGGGAACGGACAUUUGAGCUGGAAACAACAGGUCAACUCAGCGAUGCACUUCUUGUACUUUCAUGGAGAGAUCGGAAAGAAAGAAUGGGAAAGCCUGAUCCCCUGUUGCAAUCAAUCAAACAGUGAUCCAGCAUGGUUUGAGUAUUGCGAUUUCUCCGUUUACUUAACCUGGUCAAAUGGCGUGAUCUCUCCGAUUGACAACUCGACUUGCCCGUCGAAAAUUAUUGGUUUCAUCCAAGAUCGUAUUGAUCUGCCAAUUAAUCAUGCAAUGAAUAUGUACGAGGAUUGUUACACACAGACUGCAGCUGUUUAUGGGUCACAGUUAUGGAGUGGAUUCUCGAAUAAGAUCAACGAGCACCUCAAGAGCCGUUUCUAUUCGAAUCUUGCGUUGAUGGCUCCAAUUGACAUCACCGACAAUUUGGGUGGCUUUCCUUGUUAUGCCAACAAUGCCACAGCAAAAUGGCUGAAUAAGCCUGAGGUUCAAGAAGCUCUUCAUGUGAAUCUAGAAUGGACUGAAUGCAGUUCAAAAGUUCAAAAUCAGUUCCGCCGAACACAUCCGACACUUGAUGCUGAAAUCGAUGCAAUAAUCAAUUCCACCAAAUCUCCGCUUCGUUUCCUUUUCUACAAUGGAGACAUCGAUUUCUCUUCAAUCUUUAUGGGAGUUCAAUGGUUUGUGGAAGCUCUUGUGACAAGAAACAACUUGAGCGUCAAGAAGGAUUAUGGUAUUUGGAACUACCGUAAUCGCAAUGGUGGUUACAAUAAACGUUUUGGAACGAUGGAUAACAAGAUUACUGUAGAAUAUGCUACUGUAAAGGGAGCAGGUCACUUGGUCCCAUUGGACAGGGCAGGUCCCGCUCUGCAAAUGUUCUCGAACUUUCUGGGUGGAAAAGAUUUGAGCACUCCUUUCUUGAUCAAUGAUGCUGAUGUACCAGUCAGCCAGGAAUAUCAAGUGAAGAAAAAGGCGGCUCAAAUGAACGCAGGUGCUGAUGCGGAGCAUCGACGCUCAAAGCGAAGCUCUCCACCCGAACAGCCUUGGCCAAAACCAGCUCCUCCACCACCCACCCCAACCACCAAAGAACAGGAUCGAAUCGACGUGCCCUUCACCUCGUUCCAACCAAAUUUCAACACUUAUGGUGGAUAUCUGAACGCAUCAGAUGGAAAUUAUAUCUACUAUGUGCUCACCGAAUCGCAGAAUGAUCCAGCAAAGGAUCCAUUGCUUUUGUGGUCGAAUGGAGGGCCUGGCUGUUCGGGAUUGAUCGGAUUGUUCACGGAGAAUGGCCCAUUCCGAAUCAACUUCGACAUGGUUUCUUUGUACGAGAAUGUCUUCUCAUGGAACAAGUUCGCCAACAUUCUCUGGAUCGAAUCGCCCCGAGACGUCGGCUUCUCCUACCGUGCCAAUAAUGUUUUUGAUGAUCAAGUUUGGAAUGAUAAUAAGACAGCAGUUGAUGUCGUACUAGCCAUCAAUUCUUUCUACCAGAGAUUCCCAGAGUACAAUGGGCGAGAGUUCUACUUUACCGGAGAAUCUUACUGUGGCGUUUACUUGCCAACCGCAGCCGACGAGCUCUUGGCAAGGCAAUUGCAAGGCGAUCUAACCCAGAUCAACUUCAAAGGAUUCGCUAUUGGGAACGGGAUUCACAAUGAAUACAAACAGAUCAACUCGGCAAUUUCACUGUCAUAUUAUAGAGGAUUUCGAGGAAAAGCAGAAUACGAUCGUUUGAAAGAUUGCACUUGGGGUAAUGUCACAAAUCCGAUGACUUACUUUGACUAUCGAGAGUAUUUCGACAUUGAUACAGCCGGAUAUCCAUAUCAAAAGCGAGUAGACGAUUCGACAUCGGCAAAUUGCGGGAAAUGGGCAAUUCAGCAGGGAUAUGAGGACACUUGGUACAAUGGAAACAAUUACUACAACACCUAUCAAGACAAUUAUUCACCACAAGUUCAACAACAUCCGCCAAGUGGUAGAAAGAAAAGAGAAGCACAGCCACUCAGAGAACAACGGGGAUUUGUUGAUCAAACGUCAAAGAUCGACAAGGAUUACACUGGUUUCCUCAAGGGUUUCUAUUUCUGGGGAGACCAGGCUGAUUACCUGAAUCAACCAGAAGUAAGACAAGCUUUCCAUGUCGGACCUAACAAUCGUGAUUAUCAUUCUUGCUAUCGCUAUCUUGAUCGUCAAUAUGUGCAAACUCAUUUCGAAAUGGAAGCCACUUAUGGAGCUUUGUUUGACAAAGCAAAACGGCUGAAGAAAGAAUUGCGAAUUCUGCACUUUGAAGGCAAUGUUGAUAUGGGAUGUCAAUAUUUGAUGGCUGAGUGGUUUGACGAGGAUUUGGCUGAAGCUCACCAAUUCUCGAGAUCCUCCCGUGAUCCCUGGUAUUAUUGGUUGACUGGGAAGAACGACUCAAAUACGAUCAAAGCCGGCUACGCAAAGAAAUUCUCUGGUGAGCAAGUGACAAUCGACUACAUUACCGUUAAAGGCGCAGGCCACAUGGUUCCCUUGGAUCGUCCUGGUCCUGGCCAACAACUAAUCUACAACUGGUUAAACCGCAAAGAUUGGAGUCUUCCACUCCCAUUAAGCAUCGAUCCACAGCCGAUUAAAGCUGAUUAUCAAAAUCCGAAACCUGAUGUAUCGAUUCCCGAGCAGGACACAGUCUAUUUUAUGCCUGGUUUAACUUGGCCUCUCAAUUUCACUCACUAUUCUGGAUUUCUCGAUAUUGGGGAUAAUGCUUUUGCUCACUAUUGGUUCCUUGAGUCUCAAAAUUUGCCCUACAAUGAUCCGAUUAUUGUCUGGUUAAAUGGAGAUCCUGGUUGCUCAAGUGUUACAGGUCUAUUUUCUGACAUCGGUCCAUUCUAUCCAAACGAGGAUGGGGCAACAAUUUUCGAGAAUGGUUUCUCUUGGAAUAAGGUGGCCAACUUGUUGUUCAUUGAUGUGCCCACUCCAUCAGGAUUCGCAUAUCAAAAUGGGCAACCUGUCAAGAAUGCGACAAAUGACGAUGAGAUCACAAAAAAACUUCUGAAAGCACUGGAAGCAUUCCGAGCAUCGUAUCCAAAUUUCGCCGAACAACCCAUUCACAUCGCUGGCCAAGGGUAUUCAGCUGUGAUUGCAUCUGAUCUCGCCUCGUUUAUCACGGAUGAAAUUGUGACUGGUCAAACCACGAUUCAACUUGAGGGACUCAUCAUUGUUAAUGGACAACUGGAUUUGGCUAGACAAGUUCAAAGCCUUGGCGCCGAUCUCCAUUUCAGAGGCUUUACGACGAAUGCUCACUGGCAAACUCUUCAAAAAUGCUGUGCUCUUGACAAAAAAAGUUGUGAUUUAGCCUAUUUCUUUGAUUUUUCAACUGGCAUACCAAUUCUCCUCCAAUUCCAAGACCAAGACUUCCAGGAUUGCUCAGAUGUUUUAGCGAUUGCCAUGAAGAAUCUUAAUUAUCGAAAGGUUUCUGGGUUGUACCAAGAUUGUUAUGCAUCGACGUUCAAGAAGCCAAAAACGGAAGCAGAAAAGUCGCGCGGAUCACCGUUUGACUUCAUUCCCCUCUCAACCGACGCAAAUGGUGGUUUCCCCUGCUACAUGCUGGACGCAAUGAGAAACUAUUUGAAUCGAGAAUAUGUGAGAGAAUCAAUUCAUGUACCGUCGUUUGUUCAAAAAUGGGAUGACAACUGUUUCACUGAUGUCCCAAAUCCUCAAUACACUCGACAAUCCACUAGUUUGUAUGUGAAAUUCUACUCCUUACUCCAAUCUCAGCAUCCACUUCGAAUUCUCUUCCUGAAUGGAGAUGCCGAUUUCAUCCAUCAUCACAGACAAACCGAAGGAUUCAUUCAGGAUCUCAUAGAUGCGAAUGCUUUGGUGCAAACGACGAAUCGGACGAGCUGGUAUGUGAAUGAGUUGGGCAAUAAUGGAGAUGUGACGAGCUAUAAAAGAGUUAACGGAUAUCCAAGUCAAGUCGAUUUUGUGACGGUCAAGGGAGCCGGCCCACAUCCAGCUCGCGAUCGUCCUGGUCCGACUCUGUUUGCCAUCACAAACUUUGUCAACAAAUGGAAUUACACUUAUCUCACCGAGUACAAUUGGAUCACAACUCGGAUAUCAAUGUUCAAGCAGUAUACGGAAGACGGUGAAGUAGUGCCAGAUACAACUACUACCACUACAAUUACUACUACAACUCCGACAACCACCAGGACGACAACGUCAACGCCAACUACUACCACAAGUACCACAACAAGAACCACUAGACGACAAUCCACAACGACAAAGAUUGGUAGUCAAUUGGGAACGCCAAUGAUUUUGUUGUUGAUCAUUUUGUUCUUCAGUCGC